AUGGCUUCAAAUGAUGGCGAAGAAGAAACUGUACAAAAAUUGAUAGACAAACUACUUGACAAGGAAAAAAAAAUACAACAAGUAAUCAAACAACUUAAUGAUGAAAUCGAAAAAUUGAAACGUGAAGCUGAAGAAAUUGAACUGAUCGAGGAAACAAAACAUCGGGAUGAAAUCGAAAAAAUGAAAUAUGAAGCUCAGGAUAGGCAACAAAUUCAAGAAGCAAUACAUCGAUAUGAAACUAAAAAAUUCGAGCGUGAAAUUGAAACAAUGAAUCGUGAACUUGAAAUAAUCAAACGUAAAACCGAACAAAUGAAACGUAAAAAUGAACUAACGGAUCGUAAAACUGAACAAAUGAAACGUAAAGCUAGAAUAAAACGACGGAAGCUAGAACUCGAAUUUACUUCAUCAACUAAAAAACGUCGUAAUGUAUUUAAAUCUCAUGAUUACUUUUACGAUAUCGAUGUACCGGAUGAUUUGCACUCGUUCGAUAUUAAUGUAGUAUUAAAGGACAAUAAUUAUUUUAAUGAUAAUAUAUUAAAUUAUAUUGAACAUUAUUCAAAUCAAUUUUCAUCAUAUCCUAAAUUAAACGAAGAAGAAAUUCAAAAAGAAUUUGAUCAAUUAAUUGUUAAUUUAUUAAAUACAUUGAAUAAUUCUACAUCAUUGAAAUAUUUAAAUACAUCUUCUUCAUAUUAUUUAGAAAAUAAGUUUAAUCCUUAUUGUACAUUUAUAUAUAAAAAUAUAAAUAUCAAUAUUGAUCAAGAAGAGCCAUUUUUAAAAGAUUUUGUUGUUUGUCUUGGUAAUUUAAUAUCUCCAUAUAUUUCUUUAUCAGCAGAUUCAAUGAUUGAAGAAAUAUUACAAUAUUUGACAAUGAUAUUGGCAGCACAACAUCGUGAAAAGAUAUAUGGUUUUCUUAGUAAUUAUACACACAUCAAAUUUUUUUAUGUGAAAAAGAAAUCCGAUUCGGAAUGGUAUGAAUUUUUUCAAAGUCAAGAAUUAGAAAUGUUUACUUAUUCGUCCGAAACAUUAUCGUCUAUUAAUAUGUCAACAACAACUGAAAAUAUAAGAAAAUUAGAUGUUAAUAAAGAUACAUGGAAAAUAUUUACAAAUUUUUUAACAAUGAAUACUGACUUUUAUCAAUAUACAAGAUUAAAAAUAGAACCUCAUGAUAAUUUACUUGAUAAUCGAUAUAUUAUAACAAAAAAAUUAGGAUCCGGUGUAUCAUCAAUAGUUUAUUUAUUAAAAAAAACUGAAGAUAACCAUUCAGUUGAAGAUUCACCACAUUAUGUAAUGAAAAUAUUAAAAGAAAGUAAAUAUUCAAAAUGCUUUCGAAAAGAAUUUAAAAUACCAAAAAGAUUAAAACAAUUUAAUGAUUUAAAUAAAUUUCAUUUAUUUUUUCAAGAUAUUAUAUAUCCAUUAUCUUCAAAUAAAUAUUUAUUCUAUGAAAAAGAAUUACAAUGUAUAGAAUCAUUAUCAUUGAUACAAUCGAAACAACUUAUUGAUAUAGUUCAUUAUUUAUAUGAUUGUGGUGUUAUUCAUCGUGAUAUAAGUCCACAAAAUUUAAUGUUAGAUCGUGAUAAUAAUCAUAUAAAAUUAAUUGAUUUUGGUUUUGCCAUUGCAGUUAAUAUCGAUAACAAGGGAGGCAGCAUAGAAAUGAUCGGUUCACUUAUAUACGCUAGUGAAUCAUUUUUAAAUUUUUAUUCAAAAUUAUUAACUGGCCGAGUUUUCCCAUAUUAUUUUUAUGAGCCAGCGUUCGAUUUAAUAUGUGCACUAAAUAUUAUAAUGGCCAUGAGUAAUGCUGAUAUUAAACGAAGUAUUAAUGCAAUUCGAAUAUUACAAGAUGUUAACGAAAUAGUAUUAAAGUCAUCACAAUUAUGGAAAGAUACUAAACGUACAAAUAAACAUUAUUCAAAUUUAUUCACUUUAAUAAAGAAGCUGGAUUCAUGGUAUCCAUUCAAUCGAUUAGAUGAAGCAGAUUAUUCAGAUGAAUCAGAUGAUGCGGAUCAAACAUCAGUUUCUAAUGUUUCAAAAAGACAACCAGAUCAAUCAGCAAUUUUUGACGUUAUAAAAGAUGAAAUAGAAAAACUUUUCGAUAUGUGA